AUGGCAGAUGAUAAUCCACCAGCAAAUAAUAAUGGAAACUCAGGGGCUACUCAAGGUGAACAUAUUCAAGUUAAAGUGCGAUCACCUGAUGGAGCAGAAGUUUUUUUUAAAAUAAAAAGAAAAACAAAGUUAGAAAAAUUAAUGGAAGUUUAUUGUAAUCGUCUUGGUCAAUCAAUAGAAGCAGUCCGAUUUUUAUAUGACGGAGACCGAAUACACGGAGAAAACACGCCUGACCAACUUGGAAUUGAAGAUGGUGAUGUCAUUGAUGCAAUGGUGCAACAAACAGGGGGAUGCUUAUAA